CGUUUAUUUUAGCAUGUGUGGUACAAUUACAUAAAUUGAUGGUAUAAAAGUCAGUUUUUAACCUAUGUUUCAACACUGGAACUGAACAGUUGAUAUACUGUAAAUACUAAAAUGUUCAAGUAUCUUGGUCUGUUGUUUGUAGUCGGUAGUGUCUGGUGCGGUAAUCUGGUAGAGGUUCUCCAAACUGAUGGAGAGAGCAAACUCAUCAAAUACGUCACAGCUGCUGGACUUGCAGAUGCUAUACUUGCAGGAACAUACACAAUCUUUGCUCCAACUGAUGCUGCAUUUAAUGCCGUUGGAACUGAAGCAGAACUUUUGAAAGAUACUGCAGCUUUAGCAGAAAUCUUGAAAUACCACGUUGUCAAAGGUGUAAUUCCAAGUACAGCAGUCAAAAAUGAACUUCAACUAGAAACCUUAGCAGGAACAAAGAUCAGAUUCAAUACAUACUCACAUAAUCAUGCUGUUACCGUUGAGGGUUCAAAGAUAACAAAAUUUGACCUCUCUGCUUCAAAUGGAAUAAUCCAUGUCAUUGAGAAGGUCAUGAUGCCACCAACGGGAGAUAUUGUAGAUUUAGUUGUUGGAAACCACGAUCUCAGCACACUGUUAGCCCAGGUUCAGGAUGUUCGACUUGCAAGUGCAUUGAAAGGUGAUGGAUUGACAGUUUUUGCACCAACAAACGCUGCUUUUGCAAGACUAGGAUCCACUCUCUUACGCAGAAUAACCUCAAAUAAAGGUCUUCUAAAAGAAAUUUUGGAAUAUCAUGUAGUACCACACACAGAAUACUCAGCUGGUCUGUACAACAGGGAAUUUUUACGAACACUGGACAAACACCAUGACACCAUUCGUGUACAUGCUUAUGGUGGAGGAAUCUCUAUUAACAAUGCAAAAGUAGGACAGGCUGAUAUUGCUGCCACAAAUGGAGUUGUACACGUCAUCGAUCACGUUCUUAUUCCCGCCAGAUAUUUGCUUUUCCUUGGAUUUGGAAAGUAACUUUGCAUUUUUAAACUAAGUUGAAUUGUAUAUAUGCAAUAUUUAUUUAUUUGUUAAUAUGUUUAUUGCUGGUAAUUUUUUAUUACCGCAAAUUUGUUCUAUUUUCA